AUUGUUUAUUUUGUUUUACUUUUCCCUCCUCCUCCCCCUUUCUUCUAAACGAUCUUAUUUACUUGAUGUUUCGUCAUAUUUCAAAGUUAACUACUUCUGCUUUAAAGUAUACAACUGCAGUAGUAUCUCAGCAAAAUGAUGAUAAUAAACGUAUCACUCCUAAACUUAUUGAAACUUGGAUAAAAGAUGUACAUUUAUGUUUAGAUAUCUUAUUAGAUGAUAGAAUUCAAGAAGCAGAAAAUAUGUUUUUUAAUUCAUUUAUUUCUGCUACUAGAAAUGAAUGUAAAAGUGAUGAUAUCAAUAAACAACAAUCUCCAUUUCAUGUUUUUGGAUAUGCUUUAAUGAAGUACAUACAAGCGAUUCUUAGUAUGGAAAACACCAAGAUUGAUGAAGCUAUUAUUAUAGUUCAUCAAGUUGAACAUAUCUUGAAGCGUUCAUUUAAUUCUAUGAAAAUGAAAAAGAGGCCCUUUAUUCAUAGCAGUACUUCCUUAAAAACGACACAAAAGGACAAGGAUGAUAUCAUGAUUCAUAAUUUAUCCGCCCUCUCUUUUACUCCUCAUCAUCGUAGAUCCUCUUUUGUUGACGAUGAACUUGUUGAUCUGCAGAUUGAUUUACUUCAAGCCAACUGUAUACUCAUCUUGGCUACACUUCAAAUCUUGAAAGAUAGUUGGAUCGAUAGCUUUAAGGCAGUCUAUGAUUUACGAAAGGCAUUUAAAAUAUAUGAACGCCUAUUUGAAACGAUAACAGACUCAACCAUUAUAGAAUAUGAAUUAUCAUUAUGUGAUCAACAAGAAAAGUCAGAAAGUGUACAGUACUUAUUUCUUCGAGCCAUGUCGUCUUUAGAACAUAAAGGAAGAUAUUUAAAGGAAAUCAAUCUUGAGGACAGGACCCGUUCUUGUUCAUUGACUUAUUUUUUUGAUACUAUUCAAUAUGGAAGUUAUUUUGGGAUUGGUAUCUUGAACAUCAUACUUUCAUUCUUACCAGAAAAAGUUGGAAAAAUACUAACUAGCCUAGGAUUUCAAUCUUCAAGAUACACAGCUAUCGAUUUGUUGAAAAAGUCCUAUAAAAGUCAAACAAUGUAUUCCUCCUUAAGUUCUCUUGUCUUGUUAGCAUUACAUACAAAUCUUUCAAUCUAUAUUCAACCACAAAUCAAUCCUUAUUUACUAUUUGAAGAAGUUAAAUUCAUGUUGGAAAGAUUAAAGUCAAAAUACCCUAAUGGACAACUUUGGCAGCUAAUAGACGGGAAAUUUAAACAAAUGGAAGGGAAGAUAGAUGAAAGCAUCUUCAUAUUGGAAAAUACGACGACUACAAAAAGACCUAGCAAUUCUUUUGUAACAGAAAUCAAAAUAAAUCAUCAAAACACUUCCAUCUUAGACUUUUCACAACUUCGAUUACUAGUUACCUAUGAGAUUGGAUGGUCUUAUAUUCUCAGUGGGGAUUACUAUCAAGCUUCAGAAACGUUUUUUCGUCUAGAAAGUAUAUGUAAUUGGUCUCAUCUAUUUUAUCAUUAUGUAUCUACAUGUUGUAUGAUUGCCAAUAAAUUAUAUGACAAGGCAGCAUUAGAAAUAAAUCAAAUAGUAAACAUGAUUCAUCAAAAACGAAAGAUAGCAAGUCAAAUAUCGAAUAAUGAAUAUUAUGCAGAGACUAAAAUAAAUUCUUGGAUUGCAUUAUCGAAAAAACAAAAUACAUGCUUGACAAAGGUAUUACAGUAUCAUAUUGCAAAUCCUAUAUGGGAGCUUGUUUAUCUCUGGGGUAGAACACUAUCUUGGGAUCAAAAGAUAAUCAAGAGUAUUAAAAGGCAGUCAAUCAUUUUAACUCACUGGAAUGAUGAUGAUGAUAAUGAAAAAGAAUAUAUAAAGUGCCUACUUAUGGGUGUCAUCUAUCGAGAUAUAGACAAGAAUAUUGAACUAUCAAUAGACUAUCUUUACAUGAUUCUAAGGAAAAGCGACGAUGUAACGACAAUAAAAAAUUUCAUAAUCCCAUAUACAAUGUAUGAAAUAGCUAUAACCCAUUAUGUAUUACUUAAAUCUGCUACCUCUAUUUCACUUCAAAAUGAAUAUAAAGACACUAUUAUGAGUUGGAUUAACCGUAUAAAGAACUACUAUAUAAACAAUUCACAAGAUAAAGAAUGGGAAAGUCGAAUGCAAUUAAAAUGUCAACUUUUACUUGAAACUUGUAAAUUAUACAUUGUUAUUUAAAGGAAAUAAUCAGGUAAAGAUUUCUUUUGUGGUGCACCCCGAAAAUCAUGCUG